UUUGAACUGUAAAAUUUCGUUUACUAGAUGGUACUAGGAUAUCAAAUUGUAUGCAAAGAAUCAGAGAUACAUCAGUAACUUUAAAAGGUGGAAACCUUACGUUGCUAGAAUAAAUCAACAAACAGAUGAUGUUUUGCUGGGGCGCCAACAGUCACGGCCAGCUCGGACUUGGAUACCACUCGGAGCUGAUUGAACGACCGCAACAGGUGGACACGUUGCCGUUCGAGGCAGAAACCGUCCUCUCGAUAGGCUGCGGCGGUGGUCACACUUUGGUUAGUGACGAUAAGGGCGAUCUGUACGGCACGGGAUGGAACAACCGCGGUCAACUUGGUCUUGGCCACACGGAGGACGUUAGACGAUUUACCUUAGUUGGAAGAUUCCACUUUCAGCAAAUCACGUGCGGAUGGGAUGUCUCCGGUGGACUAACGGUCGACGGAGAUUUGUAUUUAUGGGGAUCGAACGUUUGGCAGCAAGUGCCGGCCGGAGGCGAUAAGUUCGUUCCAACGCCCACAAAAUUAUCGCUGCCAGCGGGAAGCAGAGCGAAAAAGGUUUGCUUCGGAUUGAGGCAUACGUGUGUUCUUACGGAGUGUGGAAAGUUAUUGCUGCUGGGGAAGUCCAAAUGGAUUCAGAAGGAGACGACGAUGCAAACCGUUGCACAUGCCGGGGUCGACUUUUACAACCUGGAGCUAGCUGAGAAGAUUACGGACGUGGCGAGCGGAGAGAACCACUUGGUGGUGCGUUUGGAAAACGGGUCCAUAAUUUGCAUAGGGGACAAUAAAUUUGGCCAGAGCGCGAACGGGGCGGAUUUAAACGUUUGCAAACGAGAGAUCGUAAAACUGGAUUCGGGUUGGUCCCAUUCGGGCUAUUUGACAAAGGGCGGGCAGGUUUACCUGUGGGGACGAAACAACUACGGCCAGCUCGGUUGCGGGGCCGAACCAGUUGAUGAACCGGCUUUGUUGGACCUCGAGAGCAACGUGACAGAGUUCUGCCUGGGUUCGCAGCACGGCCUUGCACUGACGGCGGCGGCGACAGACGGAUUAUUCACGUGGGGAUGGAACGAGCACGGUAACUGUGGCACGGGAGGAACGGACAAUGUAUUGACACCAACGAAGCUGGAAGGGAUACGGAGGGUGACGAAAAUCGCAGCAGGGGCCGGGUUUUGCUGUGUACUAGUUAAGAAGGCAUGAUGAGGUUUUAUGACAGCGGGGAAGUGCGUAGUGCUAUGAAUUGCCUUUAUUUGCAAUGGUUAAAAAUGCUAUUCAUAUUUGCGAACACUUUAUGACACCAAGAGCAUAAAGCAGAGGAUAAUUACGAAACAAUAAAGUGAAUGAUUGUUGAAAA